ACUGAGAAAAUAUCAGAUGGUUGAUCCACGUCACUCGAGAGCCUCUUUCUCGUUCCAACAUGGCCGCUACGAUGAACGUGGUUCUUCUUCUGUCUGUUGUUUUCCCGGCUCUGGUCUUCGGUAGUGAUGUCUGUUCAAGCCCUGAUGUGCAGUAUGAAGUAUAUACCACUCCAGAGACUGUAUUGUCAUCAGAGACCAUCUUUAUCAUACAGUUUAAACUUAACUGUAAAAAUGGGGCAAAGAACUUAAACCUGUAUGCAGAGAUAAAUGGGAAAACCAUUGUGGCCACAAAAAGUGUUGAAAGCAACACUUACCAGAUUAGCAUUAGUGAUGAACAUAAAAAUUUGCCAGCUGGUUCUUAUCCAGUAAGACUCUUUGAUGAGGAUGGAUAUGCGGUUCUUAGAAAGGCUCAGCGAAGUGGUGAGGACACAAGUAAUAUUAAAGUUCUGAAAACAAUAACCCUUCAGCACAAGGGUUUGUGGACUGGUCCGUAUGUACAGAGCGAGUUUGUCGCUGCUGGAGUUGCCGUGUUGGUGUGGUACCUUGCCUAUGCUGCCAGAGGAAAACUGCAAACAAAUUGAAGAUAUUUUCACACUUUAUAUGAACAUUGUAAAAAAAAAUAAAUAAAUAAUAAAGGACA